UACACGAGUAGCAACCCGGAAGUGUCGUCAAUAUGCAAAUUCCGCAAUCAAACUCUCCAGCGCUUAGGACCUGUGGACCAUGAGAAACUAAGCUUAUCGAUUCGUCGCCGCCAAGGGACGCUGCUGACAUUGUAGCUGCUAACAUUGUAACGCGCGGUAACGGCUGUUUAAUAGCAGUUGGGCUUCGGAGUCACAGGCUACACAUACCGCGCCUGAGCCGCUGUGUACCAGCAUUGAGAUGAGCAGUGGACGAGACAUCGAAGCGGAUAGAAGUGUGGCUAACGUCAGCUAAGUGCAGCUGUGUCCUGAUGUGAAUGUCGUAGCUUUUGCAAAAUGAAAGGUCGACCGGCGGUUUUGGAGCAGCACGUUCGAGGAUGAUGGCCAAGGGAUAACAUUCGAUAGGUCACAUCCCCUCAUCCAAAGUGACCCAAUUUAUCCCCCUUCCUUUUUUUGUACAUCAUUUAAUAGACUUGAUGCAUUCCACUGUACUCUUGUGUACAUUAAAGAGAGUCCACUUUACCUGUGGGCAUCCUCGUCAACAAAUUUGGUAUGCAGUGACCAAGUCAACUCCGUCAACUUCCUGCAACAAAGCUUUACACUUGGGACUGAUGAUUCUUUGUCUGGCGCUCGUACCUGGUCCCUAUCUUUAUCGUGUUCCUCAGCUAGGGAUGUAAUGAUACGAAAAUGUCAUAUCAUGGUUAUUGUGACCAAAAUUAUCACAGUUAUUAUUAUCACGGUAUUGUUAAAUGUGUUUAAAAAGUACUUUUUAAACACACUGAAAUCUUUUAACCAAUUUAAAGAAUUUAAAAUAAAAUAGACAGAUACAAAAUAUACUUUUUUUGGCAGACAAAACAUUAAAUAUUAUCCUGGCUUCUCAAGAUAAAUAGAUAUCUCUGCGCCAUAUUCCUCCGACUAGAGAUCAAUAACUGUGCUAAAAGAGCUUAGCCUUUUUGUUUUAUGUGCACAGUUGAAUAGCUUAGUUGCUCAGACAACAAUGUGUUUAUACCAUUUUUAGAUUGGGGUAUGUCGUUUUUUUAAUCAGAAUCAGAAUCACAAUCAGAAAUACUUAAAUAAUCCCCGAGGGGAAAUUAACAUUUUCAGCACAAUCCCAUUCAAGAGCAGACAAACAUUACAGGGAGACAGAACAAGAUCGCUGACGGGUCUGCCAACUUCCGGCGCCCCUUACAAAAAAAGAGGGAAAAACAAUGUAUUUUGUGUUCAUGUUAGCAUUCAAGCUAGCUAGUAAGUCCAUGAGUUUUUCAGAGUGUGGCUAUUGGUUUUAUGAUAUUUUUUUAAAUUUAAAACAGUGAUACUAACCGUCUGGCGUUUUAACGCAGUUUAUCAAUAAUACAGUUUAUCAUUGCAUCCCUAUCCUCAACCUACUCCUUCUUUGUGUCCUUGGGCCAUGGUUCGAAAGAAAGGUUCCCUUAUACUAUGUGGUGCUUUUCUGUUUGUUGCGUGGAAUGCUUUGCUGCUUCUUUACCUUUGGGGUCGCCCUCCGAUUGGCCGCCUUGGUGAAGGUGGUGGUGCUGAACCAGGAGGAAAUGAGGAGUGGGGUGUAAUUGGAGGGAAAGGAAGCCGAGGCAACCUAGCAGGGGAGGUAUUCCGCCUGGCAGAGGAAGUGGAAAUUCAGCUUGAGACCCAGAAAAAGCUGCUAAAGCAGAUUGAAAGUCACAGAUUUGCCUGGUCUAAGUGGAACGAUGUUGGAAAAAGAAAAAUGGAUGUUAGUGAACAAGUCAAAUUGGAAACUAUUCACCAGCCACCAAAGCCUCUGAUUCCUGUGAAAGAGAAAGUGGAUACCAAGGAACAAACUCUUACGAAGCCUUUUACUUCAGUAAUUCCAGAUUCUCAUCACCAGUCGAAUGUAUUAAAGGCAGUCAGCCUUGGAAACGGAUUUACAACUUCUCUUGCAAGCCCAGAAGUUAUCAUUCCUAUCUUAGUUAUUGCUUGUGACAGAGUUACAGUAAAACGAAGUCUUGACAGACUUAUUCAGUACCGUCCUUCUCCAGAACUCUACCCUAUUAUUGUCAGCCAGGACUGUGGCCAUGCUGAAACAGCGAGUGUAAUUGGUUCAUAUGGGAAUCAGCUGACACACAUAAGCCAGCCAGACCUCACAGACAUCCGAGUACGACCGGAGCACAGAAAAUUCCAGGGCUACUACAAAAUUGCCAGACAUUACCGCUGGGCACUCAACCAAGUGUUCAACACGUUUUCCCAGUCCACUGUGGUUAUAGUGGAGGACGACUUAGAGGUGGCUCCUGAUUUCUUUGAGUACUUCAGAGCUCUCUACCCAAUCCUGCGUGCAGACCCAACCCUGUGGUGUGUGUCUGCUUGGAAUGAUAACGGCAGAGACGCCUUGGUGGAUCCAUCCAAAGCUCAUCUUCUCCAUAGGACAGAUUUUUUCCCCGGUCUGGGCUGGAUGCUGCUUAAAGAGUUGUGGGAUGAAUUAGAACCUAAAUGGCCUUCUGCUUUCUGGGACGACUGGAUGCGUCAGCCAGUGCAGCGCAAGGACCGUUCCUGCAUUCGACCAGAAAUCUCACGAACUAUCACAUUUGGCCGGAAAGGUGUCAGUUUAGGUCAAUUCUUUGACCAGUACCUUCGCUAUGUGAGACUUAACACUGAAUUUGUGCCUUUUACCAAACAAGAUUUGUCUUAUUUGCUUAAAGAACAGUAUGAUGAAAAGUUUAUCAAAGAGGUUUACAAUGCCCCACUGGUGAAGAUCGAGGAACUGCAACAUGGAGGAAUUUUAAGAGGACCAGGCCCCUACAGAGUGAAGUAUUCAAGCAGGGACAGUUUUAAAGUUCUUGCCCGAAAUCUGGGGGUAAUGGAUGACUUAAAAUCUGGAGUCCCACGGACAGGCUAUAGAGGUGUCGUCCGUUUUCUCUACCGAGGUCGAAGGGUGUUCUUGGCACCAGAAGAAGGUUGGACGCAAUAUAAUGUUAGUUGGAGCUGAUUAAAACUGUUUGGUAAAAACAUUGUUGAUGGUAAGAAUCCUACUCCGAGCAUCCCAUUUGAGACCAAACAGCUUUACAGUGAUUCAACGAGUAAUUACGACUGCACUCCAAUGGGUCUGUGACAAUGAGCUGGCCUGAAAGCCAAGAGGUUUUUCAAUUUAAGUGCUCACUUAGGAUCAGCGAGCACGGAAGACACCUUGAGUUCAUAGAGAUCAAACUUUCCUGAAAGGAAAAUUCCACAUUUGAACACUACAUAAACCACUUUAGGCAAAGUGCCUUGCUUUCCAGUCCCAUCUGGGUUGGCGUAUUAUUGUGUUCCAUUUAAUUAACUGGACAAUAAUGUUUAGCAAGAGAAAGCAAUUUGGAUUUAGUGUCACGUUUCAGUGUCCGUGAUGAUAAACUGAACGCCAAGAAUCAGAAGUUAUUUUGACAACUCUUGUGAAGUGCACAUUUGAAACCGAAGAGUCAAAUUCAAGUUCCCCAAUUCCGCUGAUGAAAGCUUUAGAACUAAUCCAGCUACAGCUUUUUUAUCUUGACAUUAUUUGGUAUAUUUUAUGAGUUCAAAUGAUGAUUGGAUAAUGCAGAGGGAAAGCACCUGUUAGUCACCCAUCAUCUUACAUCACUGUGCCUACCUUUUAUUCACAGAGCUUUGCAACUCAAGAUAUGGCAAGGUAACACCACAGAAAUUAAGAAUAAUUUAGUUUGAUGCUUGGGUACGAAAAAGUGGUCCACAAUUAGUGUGCUAACCGUAUUACCUUCCCCAGAUUACAACUUGGUAGACAAAAUUGGUCAUGACUUUAACGCCAUGUUUUCAUUAAGCGAUUCAGUUCAGUGAGCUCUGGUACCAUCCAGAAUAUUAAAUCCUGAUCUAGCUGGGAUUUUGACAAAUAUCAGUACAUCAAAUGCCAAUAUUGCCACUGUCAAUGACAGUUACAACACUGUAAAGACAAAAAUUAUCAGUGUCACUAAUGUUGCUGGAUAAUUGUGAAACAUUAAGCAACAUGUUUAACAUACAUUAAGGACUGAUUUUUUCCCCCCGUUUAAAACAUAUUUGCCACUGGGCUUUUUAAUGCACCACAUUUUUAUGGCUUGAACUUUGGAAAACUUAGCGUAGCAUAGCGUAACUGUUUUGCCCAUUGAAAUGAAUUAAAAUCAAUUUAAUCUGUGCUUGGCUGCCUCAAUACACCACAAUUUUAACAUGUAAAAUGUCUUUUAAAAAGAAAACACCUAGAAGAGGGGACUUCUACGGUAUCUCCUGAGAGCUGCUUCUCCGUCAAACACACACUCAACAGCUUCUCUAUAUUUUCAUGGAUACAUGUUUGCUAUUUAGAUAUUUUAACAUCAUUGGCUGGGGUUUUUGAAUCCUACUGCAUCUGUAUGGUGCAGAUUAACUGUGCUGCGCUGCAACGGCUUCACCGAUUCGGCACACACGUUUUUUGAUGAUUUCUUAAAUUGAAUGAAUAUCAUCCAUUUCUUCUCACCAAUGUCCUUCACACUCUCUCUUCCGUUGUUGGAAAAGCAAAGUUUUGUCAAUAUCUAGCUAUAAGCUAAUGCUAGCUAGCUAAUGUUUUGGUCGGAUCAUACAGGGGUACACCGUGGCAUUCGCUAUGCCAACUAUCGCCGGGUAGACUCAUAACCUGAAAUUUAACAAAGCGUGACAAUUAGCCGAGAGACAGCUCGAUUCUCAAAAAUAAUCCAACUGGGGCACUAAUAUAGCGAGGUACCAAUGUACUUUGAAUAAUACACUGUGUUAUUUCAUUCAAUUCAAAGUAAUCAAAACUGCAGUUUUAUUGAGUUGCUUAUGUUUUACUAAUGGGACAAAUGUGCCACGUCAGGAUUUCCAUUGCAAUUUUGAGGCAGAAAGUUGAAAUUUUUUUAGCUUGUGAAAUAUGAUGAAACAAAUUGUAAUAUUUGGCACAUUUUUAUAGCAUUGUAAUUUUUAAAUGAAUUGCUGAGGUACGCUUUGAUGGCAGAGAUAUAGACUUUUGUUUAAGUCAAAACAAAGUUGUACAGAAGGCCCUUUCUUUCACCAUGGAUUCUUCUGGAUUACCGGUAAUUAUUAUCAAUAUGCUUAAUGUGUAAAAUAAACCCAAAAUGAUUCUAUUCAUAUUUUACUCAUCUUGUUCUAUUCUAUUUUUUUACUUGGUUUAUUUUAUUGGCUUGUGUUAAUGUAGCAUCAUUGCACCAUAAUAAAUCCUAUUAUGUAAACCCUUUGGCUGACAAUGGUAAUAUAAGUCUAAAAACUACAAGACAUGUACCAAACUGUACUGCUUUGUAAAAACAUGGUUCAAGAAAAAUCUGCACUUGAAGCAAUGUAUGCAGAAGUUUACAGUCUAUAGUCUGAGUACUGCUUAGUUGUAGAGGCUGAGUGUUUGCUUGAACUGAGCGCUGCUGUCGAGUGUGUGUGUGUGUGUAACUGUGUAUAUAUACAUGUGUGUAGUACAGGCCAAAAGUUUUGACACACCUCAUUUCAAUGUGUUUUCUUUAUUUUCAUGACUACUUACUAGGGAUGUCCCGAUCCAGGUUUUUGCACUUCCGAUCCGAUACCGAUGUUGUUUUUGCACAACCGAUCCGAUACCGAUAGUGGCCUAUCCGAGCAUGUAUUACAGUUUAAAGUUAUUUAGCCUACUUAGUUGUCAGAUUCAUGUUGAAAAGGGUUUUAGUACUCUUGAUAACAACUCGCCAGCUGAAUUAGGUGAGUUUGAAUAUUACACAAUGGUUGGUAACAAGAAACUGACCUGUUUAUUCAAGGAUAAACACAAAAUAGACAAAAUUAUACAUGACAAACAGAAAUGGCAUCAUUGAACUAGGGCUGGGCGAUAUGGACUUUUUUUAAUAUCUCGAUAUUUUAAGGCCAUGUCACGAUACACGAUAUAUAUCUCGAUAUUUUUGCCUUAGUCUUGAAUGAACACUUGAUGCAUAUAAUCACAGCAGUAUGAUGAUUCUAUGUGUCUACAUUAAAACAUUCUUCUUCAUACUACACGUAUGACUGAGGAGUCAUAGUGUAACUUUUGGUGGUGUUUGAGUUGUCCGACUUUUUGUGUGGCCAUAAACGCACCAGUGGUUUAGUGAUAUGCGUGUUGGUGACAGAUGACAAUGACAAGUUGCUUUUGGCCUGCUUUGUACGGCAGAAAAUGACUAGUUUUUCGAGACAGACGUUUUUUACUCAUGUAUUUGGUGUGGUUAUGGCCGAAUAUAAACAGUUUUGCUCAAUAAAGUGAUCAACAUAAUUCCUGUCCUCGAAGCACCUCGAUAGACGUUACAAUAAUUGAACGGUGUUGACGAACACCGUUAGGGCCGCUUGUUGUCACUGUCACUCAGAGUUGCAUUGCAAAAUUACACAGAAUAAAGUAUGUGUUUAUUGUGUUUAGAUUUCAGAUGGGAUUUGAUUUGGUGCGCGGCAUAUAUUUGCUGUGUGCAAACGCUUGAGCAGUGCGCAAUUGCGCAGGCGCGCAUUUUAGAGGGAACAUUGCUCGCACGGUUGCGCUAGCAUCACAGCUAACGUUAGCUAUGCUGCUACCUCUCUGCUGCGCGAGGGCGUAUACGUAUCUGACGUAUGACGUGACAGUAUGUGACGUGUGUAAGAAGGUGCACUUGCUGUCUGUGAGAAAGACAGACAAGAAAGAGCGAGGAGAGCCUGUAGUGUAAUGCUAGCAGCUAAAAGCAACUGCGUGAGAACGUAUACUUCAAUAUCACGAUAUAGUCAUUUUCUAUAUCGCACAGAGACAGCUGACAUUUUUACCGGUAACUUUUAAUUCACAUGUCCGUUUUAACGGUUAGGACACAGACCUAUAGAUGUGUUGAAGGUGUGCUGGAAAAUGCGGAACGGAAAUUAAGGCACAGCAGAAAAGUGGAAUGUAUUUUUAAAUCGGUGCGUUGGAAGAAACAGACCGGAGUUUUUUUUAAACUGGAUCUGGAUCAGCAUCUUCCCAUGCCUUGCCGAUACGCAUUUUUUGGCAAAUAUCGGCGGCCGAUCCGAUCCAAAUAUCGGAUCGGGACAACCCUACUAUGUACAUUGUCGAUUGUCACUGAAGGCAUCAAAACUAUGACACCUGUAAAGUGAAAACCAUUUCAGGUGACUACCUCUUGGCAAAGCUUGAAACUUUGCCAAGAGUGUGCAAAGCAGUAAUCAGAGCAAAGGGUGGCUAUAUUGAAGAAACGAGAAUAUAAAACAUGUUUCCAGUUAUGUCACCUUUUUUUGUUAAGUACGUAACUCCACAUGUGUUCAAUCAUAGUUUUGAUGCCUUCACUGACAAUCUACUAAUAAUAGUCAUGAAAAAAAAAAAAAAACUAUUAAUAAAGAAAACUCGUUGAAUGAGAAGGUGUAUCCAAACGUUUGGCCUGUAUGUGUGUG